CGGCCAAAUAAAAAAUCAACAAUUAACAAGAAAAGACAAAACCAAAGGAAUCAAAAGACGAUUCAUAUACUGAUACGUUGUCCGAACAAGUCGUCGGGCUCAGCUGAGUUUGGUGGUGGCUAAUGAUGGGUAAGAUUGAUGUUGCAGUAGUUGUGGGAAUGGUGAUGGCAGAGUGUGCUCAAGUUGGUUUAAUGAUAGCAGGAAAAGCCGCCAUGUCUGAUGGAAUGACCAGUUUUGUCUUUGUUUUUUACUCCAACGCACUUGCCUCUCUCAUUCUCCUUCCUUCUUCCUUUCUCUUCCACAGAUCACAGCUACGUCCUCACCUUACUUUAUCCCUCCUCGGCGGCUUCUUCCUGCUCGGCUUUCUUGGUACUUUUGCUCAGUUUUUUGGGUAUGUUGGAAUUUACUAUAGCUCACCUACCCUUGGCACGGCUAUGCUUAAUCUUAUCCCAGGUUUUACCUUCGUGCUUGCGGUUGUUUUCAGGAUGGAAAAAUUAGAUUGGAGAAACUCCAGCGGCCUAGCUAAAUCAAUUGGGACAGUAGUGUUAAUUACAGGGGCAUUUACCCUGACUUACUACAAGGGGCCGCCACUCCCGUUGACUCCCUCAACCUCAAACUCUUCCCUUAAACUUUUCUUGCAACAAUCAAACUGGGUUAUUGGAGGAUUGCUCCUUCUUGUUGAUUGUUUUUUUGCUUCAACAUGGCUCAUCGUACAGGCAUCAAUCUUGAAGAAAUUCCCGGCUGAGCUGAUUCUUGUCUUUUUUUACUGCUUCUUUGUGGCCAUUCAAUCUGCAAUACUCUGUUUGUUUGUUGAUAGAAACCCUAGUUCUUGGAGCUUAAAAAGUCAUAUAAGAUUGAUUGCUGUCCUAUACUCGGGUAUUUUUGGUUCUACAUUCCAAGUUGGCAUCUCUACCUGGUGCCUCCACCAGACUGGGCCUGUAUUUGUUGCUAUGUUCAAGCCCCUAGGUAUUGUGAUUGCAGCUGCUGUGGGUGUCAUUUUCGCAGGAGAUACUUUAUAUCUUGGAAGUUUUAUUGGAGGAGCUGUAAUUGUCAUUGGUUUUUAUACCGUGAUGUGGGGAAAAGCCAAAGAAGAAUAUGUGGAUACUGGUGUAAGAAGCUAUGACUCCCAAAAGUCUCCUCUGUUGCAAAUUGAUACUGAAGAGACGUGAUUCAUUCAUAAAUCAAACCAUAGGCUUUUCCUGCCAAACAAAAUCGGGAAGAGAAGUCUUAGAAGCCUAUGUGAUUAGCAUGAAGAAUUUGUUUUCUCUGUAAUCUUGACAUGGGAAACCCGAUCUAAUCAAAACCAUCCUGAGCUCUCCAUUGAAGGUGCUAUGACAUACUUAAAGGGAGACCUCUGCUUUCCUACCCUUAUAUUGUUUCCGUUCCAAGUUUUCAUAUAACUGACCUUUGUGCCUGUGCAAGCUUCUUGUAAUAAAAAUUAAAUUAAAAUAAGGUAACAAAAUAUAUAAAGAAUUUCCCUCAGUUCAAUUAUAUAAAUAGGAAGGUUUAUACACUGAGAGAGUGUAUGGAUGUUUGACAGGCUUUCUGCAAAAGAACAUGUAUAUGCUAGACCUUUUAAAAUUCAGGGCAUGGUAUUUGAAUUGUGUAUUAUAUCA